AUGACUAAAUGGAAGACUGGGGAGGUACAAGACGGUACCUAUAUGACUAAGACCUCGGAAGUCAUCACCGAGCAUUGGGGGAUGAAGGCAAUGGCUGCGAGAAUCAAGGAACUCGCAGAGGUCGAUGAUGUGUUGGUCAUCGGCAUUGACUUUGGAACCACAUUCUCUGGUGCAGCAUGGGCGACACUAGAUGAUUUUGAAAACAAUGAAAUCAACGUGAUUACAAGCUGGCCCGAUCACGGGCGCGAUGAAGCUAAGGCGCCAAGUAAGCUACUCUACGAGGAUGGAAAGGUGACGUGGGGAUUCGGCGUUCCCGGUGACGCGGACCCCAUCCGGUGGUUCAAGCUACUGCUUUUGCGCGAGGAAGAUCUCUCCGACGAGGUCAGGCAGUCUGAAUUUGUGUUGAGGGCGCGCAAAAUGCUUCGAGAGACGGGAAAAUCGGCCACAGAUCUGGUUGCAGAUUAUCUCAAAGGACUCUGGCAACAUACUUUGGAAACUAUAUACAAAACACGCACCGAAACUGUGGUGGACGCCUACAUAUUUCAUGUGGUUGUCACUGUUCCUGCUAUCUGGAAAGGCUAUGCCCGCGAUGCUAUGGAGGAGGCCUUUGAGAAGGCCGGUAUCCUGGAAGACCGCCCUGCUGGGACCACGACUCUCACUUUCGCUCCCGAACCCGAGGCUGCUGCUCUCGUCACACUUUGCGAGCAGGAAAAGUAUAUGAAGCCAGAUGAUGUAUAUCUAGUUUGUGAUGCCGGAGGAGGCACGGUGGAUCUGAUCACCUACCGAGUUGGAAGCGUAGAACCAAUUCAGAUACACGAAGCGGUUGUCGGAACAGGAGGCCUAUGCGGUGGUAUCUUUGUGGAUGAAGCAUUUGAAACCAUUUGCAAAAACCGCUUAGGUCGACGGUGGGGCAACCUGAGUCAAACGGGAAUCAACAGUAUCAUGAAAACUGAGUGGGAGGAGAGCAUAAAGGCUGGGUACAAACCGAGAGAUGAUGGCAGGGAAUUCAUUGUUCCAAUCCCGGCUGAGGCUUUCAAAGGUGGAAGCAUAAAUGACACUUCUAGAUCUCCAGUCAUAAGGAAUGCGCGAAUCCAUUUUUCUAGUUCUGACAUUGAAAAAGCGUUCACUUCCGUCUUCUCCGACAUCGAGAGGCUCGUUGACGAGCAGAUACGCAGUGCCAAUGAGAAAGGUCUAUCUGUCAAGAAAAUCAUUCUGGUCGGGGGACUUGGUUCCAGCCCCUAUCUUUACGAUCAUUUGCGUUCAAGAUACGUUUGCCACCGGAUAGACAUCAUGCAAGCUAAUGGCAUGAGACCGCGCACAGCAAUUUGUCGUGGGGCUGUUGUCAAGGGAUUCUUGGAUGCGCCCCAUGCAACGAGGACCAUCGAUGCGCCGCUUAGUGUGGUUUCAACAAUUGCUCGCCAAAGUCUCGGAGUCGUAUACGCUACUAAAUACGAUGACGCAGUGCAUCUUGCAAAAGAUAAGUAUUGGGACGAUCAUGAAGGCAUUUGGAGAGCUUCGAAACAGAUGGAGUGGUAUCUCCGAAAGGGAGAUGAUGUCCUCAAGGCGCGCCCUGUAAGGCACGAUUUCUAUCGGUCCUAUAGAUCCGAGGAUGAGUUUGAUGAGAUGAUCACGCAGGUCAUCAUGCAGUGUGACCACAACGAUCCGCCAUCUAGAUGUAAUACGAGUGUCAAAGAACUAUGCAGGAUUCACGUCAGCCUUGAGGCUAUAUUAUACGACUCACUGGAGAGCUACAAGGGGGAGAACGGCCAAGCACUGAAGAAAUUUUCAUACGACUUAGAGAUGGUGCCCUCCGGAGCUUCUACUGAGUUUGCGGUUUGGUAUCAGGGCAGGAAGCUUGGCAGUGGGCAGGCAGAUGUUCACUUCAAGUGA